AUGUUAGCAUUAAUAGAGUUCGAUUUGCAAUAUGUCCCAUCGAAGGCUGUAAAAGGACAGGUCAUUGCAGACUUUCUUGUGGAUAAUUCGAAAGAUCUGAAUGACCAGGGGGCACAUAUUAUUGAUGUAGAGGUUAAAUAUUGGAAAUUAUAUUUUGAUGGAUCUAAGCACAAAGAUGGUGCAGGGGUUGGAAUCUUCAUUAUUUCGCUUGAGGGUAUUCCAUCAGAAUUUUUGUUUGAAUUAAAAUAUCCUUGCUCUAAUAAUGUCGCUGAAUAUGAGGCUUUAAUUUUAGGUCUCGAGAUUUUAAUUGACAAAGAAGCUUUAGAGGUUCAAAUUCUAGGAGAUUCACAGUUGGUUUUAAAGCAGUUAUCAAAAGAAUUUAAAUGUAAUAAUGAAACGUUACAGAAAUAUUUGGUAACUGCCUGGGAAAUGUUAACUUCUUUUCGAAAGGUUUUUUUGGUGCAUAUCUCCAGAAUUCAUAAUGAAAUUGCUAAUGAAUUGGCCCAAAUUGCUUCAAAAUAUCGGGUUAGCCCAGAAAUUAUUAGAAAAUUUUCUAGUAUCCAUCAAAUUUUAGUACCUGCAAGUGAAAAAGAAGUGUUGUGUAUGGAUGAAUGGGAGGAUUCUGAUUGGAGAAAGCUUAUUGCUCAGUAUUUGAAAGAUUCCAAUACUGCAGUUGAUAGAAAAAUUAAAUUGAGAGCAAUGAAUUUUGUUUUAUUGGCUGAUGAGUUAUAUAAAAAAGGGAUUGAUGGAAGUUUAUCAAGAUGUUUGGGUCGAGAAGAUCAGAAUGUUGCUUUGGGCGAAGUUCAUAAUGGAAUUUGUGGUGCUCAUCAAGCAGGAAGGAAGAUGAGAUGGGUGUUAUAUCGAAAUCAUGUAUAUUGGCCGUCUAUGAUAAAAGAUUGUAUUGAUUAUGCAAAAGCAUGUCAGGAAUGUAAGAAACAUGGUUCAAUACAACAAAUUCUGGCAGCUGAGUUACAUUCGAUAAUAAAGCCAUGGCCAUUUAGAGGUUGGGCUUUGGAUCUAAUUGGCUUGAUUCAUCCUCCUUCACCAAAACAACAUAAGUUUAUCUUAGUGGCUAUUGAUUAUUUUACGAAGUGGGUUGAGGCAUUCCAUUAG